CCUCAGCCUCCCAAAGUGCUGAGAUUACAGGCAUGAGCCACCAUCCCCAGCCUUCUCUCUUCUUAAUAAUGGCUUUCUAUGUCUUUCACUUCGCUGAUACCCUAACUCUGUUUCUCUAUGACUCUCCUAUUCCAUUUUGUUGUCUUUAUUGCUUUUUCUUUCUGCUCUUCUGUUUAUCACCUGCUGGCUACUUGCCUUUCUCUCUCUAUUCUCUGUCUCUGUCCCUGUUUCUUCUGUUUCAAGGUCUCUAUCUCUCUGUUUCUGCCUCUCCAUCUGUCUUUUGUUUCCCUUGCAUGCAGGGCCCUAGCCUGUGGAUCAUGGCAAAUUUGAGCCAGCCCUCCGAAUUUGUCCUCUCGGGCUUCUCCUCCUUUGGUGAGCUGCAGGCUCUUUUGUAUGGCCCCUUCCUCAUGCUUUAUCUUCUCGCCUUCAUCGGAAACACCAUCAUUAUAGUUAUGGUCAUAGCUGACACCCACCUACAUACACCCAUGUACUUCUUCCUGGCCAAUUUUUCCCUGCUGGAGAUCUUGGUAACCAUGACUGCAGUGCCCAGGAUGCUCUCAGACCUGCUGGUCCCCCACAAAGUCAUUACCUUCACUGGUUGCAUGGUCCAGUUCUACUUCUACUUUUCCCUGGGUUCCACCUCCUUCCUCAUCCUAACAGACAUGGCCCUUGACCGCUUUGUGGCCAUCUGCCACCCACUGCGCUAUGGCACUCUCAUGAGCCGGGUUGUGUGUGUCCAGCUGGCUGGGGCUGCCUGGUCAGCUCCUUUCCUAGCCAUGGUACCUACUGUCCUCUCCCGAGCUCAUCUUGAUUACUGCCAUGGCAACGUCAUUAACCACUUCUUCUGUGACAGUGCACCUCUCCUGCAGUUGUCCUGCUCUGACACUCGCCUAUUAGAAUUCUGGGACUUUCUGAUGGCCUUGGCCUUUGUCCUCAGCUCCUUCCUGGUGACCCUCAUCUCCUAUGGCUACAUAGUGACCACCGUGCUGCGGAUCCCCUCUGCCAGCAGCCGCCGGAAGACUUUCUCCACCUGCGGGUGUCACCUCACACUGGUCUUCAUUGGCUACAGUAGUACUAUCUUUCUGUAUGUCAGGCCUGGCAAAGCUCACUCUGUGCAAGUCAGGAAGGUCGUGGCCUUGGUGACUUCAGUUCUCACCCCCUUCCUCAAUCCCUUUAUCCUUACCUUCCGCAAUGAGACAGUUAAAACAGUGCUACAGGGGCAGAUGCAAAGGCUGAAAGGCCUUUGCAAGGCACAAUGAUGAGCCUGGGGCCCGGGGGGACCUGGCCUGCCUCCAUCGAGCAGUUCUGUGGGGAAGGA